AUGGCGUCCCGAGGCGGCUCCGCAGGCCGUGGCGCCGGAUUGGGCGGCGGCGACUCGCCGCCGCGUCCGCCCGUCUUCCGCACCGACACGGAGCGGCGCAAAUGGAACCGGUCAGAGGGCGCGCACAAGCGCAGCGCCCGCCGGUGGACGAACUGGGGGCUCACGCCCCCAGGGAAGCUCGCCAAGUACGGCAACGCCGGCGAGGGCUCCUCGUCCGGCCAGUCAAGCUGCGCACCGUGGCUCCCCGUCGCGCACAGCAGCGACGACGACCUCGUCCCCGCGCGGUCGCCCACCUUCUCCGUCGGGGACCACACCACCCCUUGGCACGGGCCUAGGCCAGGAUGCACCAAGGUUGUUCCAAUGGCUACUCAUUGGAUCCGUAUGUGGUCCUACCUACAACCAAUGGAGAAACGCAAGGAUAUGGAUAUUGGGUGCAGCCGCCUAGAGAGGGUUGCACGGGAUUUAUACAGCCAGUUCAGUUGGCGUUUUGAUCGUAGAUUAACAUGGGACAGACAGACGAGCAGCAGAGCGGAGGAAGAGGAGGGAGAAAACAAAUCAAGAAAUUCCCCAUACAGCCAGCUCCGCGGCGGCCGGUCAGCAGCAGGGGCACGGCGUGCCUCCACUCCAAGUCCAAGCCAAGCUCCCGCGCUGAACACCUCCAAAAGAUUUUCGCCACGCGACAUCCCCCCCCACAAAACUUCCCUCUCUCGGCCACUGAACGAACGAGCCCCCGUCUCUCCCAAAUCCCCAAAUCCCCCAAAGGCCAAAGCCCUAGAAGCGCUGGAGCGUCGGCACCCCAAACCCUACCCGCCCAUGGUGAUCGCCGUCGACGCGCGCCGGGACGACCACCCCAACGACGACGGCGACGACGACGAAGGGGACCACCCCAUGCGCUACCUCCCCCUCGGCCGCCUCUACUCCUCCACCGCCCCCUGCCCGCCGCUCCCCCCCAAAAAGCCCCGCGCCACCGUCUCCGCCCCCGACUCCCCCUCCCCCGCCAAGCCCCCCGUGAUCGUCUACUACCGCCGCCGCACCAAGAAGCCGCGCCUCCAGGAACCCUCGCCCGACACGCCACUGCAGCACCCGGAGGAGGAGGACCCGGACCCAGAGCCCGAGGGCAGGGGCGCGCGCCGCAAGUGCCCGCUCAGGCACGAGCUGCUCGGCCUCGGCCCCGCCCCGCCCGCAUUGGACGGGGACGGCCUGCUGCGGCGGCGCCAGCGCCAGCGCCAGACCAGGCGCGCCACCGAGAGCACUUCCGCCGGGAGGCAGCCGCGCCACAAGGAGGCCGCCUCCUCCUCAUCCACCGGCAAGAGAUGGGUGGAGUUGCAAAUUCAGGGCGCCGAUCCUCAGGCCUUCAUCGGACUAGCCUGCAAGGUUUUCUGGCCGCUGGAUGAUGACUGGUACAAGGGCUCCAUCACCGCGUACGCCGAACCAACCAAGAAGCAUUCCGUCAAGUACGAUGACGGUGAAGCAGAGGACCUUACCCUAGCUGAUGAAAGGAUCAAGUUUUUCAUUUCAUCCGACGAAAUGAAGUGCCUCAACCUCAAGUUUGGAAUUUCCAACCUGGGUAAGAAGGGAUACGAUGAAUUGCUUGCGCUUGCUGUCAGCUUUCAUGACUACCAAGGUCUUGAUCCCGGUGAUCUAGUGUGGGCUAAAAUAACAGGUCAUGCGAUGUGGCCCGCUGUUGUGGUGGAUGAGUCUGAUGUUCCUGCUAAGCGAGCGAUGAAGCCAGUUCGGUUAGAUCAAUCGAUAAACGUUCAAUUCUUUGGUACACAUGAUUUUGCGAGGAUUAAGUCGAAGCAGGCGGUGCCCUUUCUGAAUGGCCUUCUUUCUUCCUUGCAUCUCAAAUGCAAGCAAGCAAGCUUCUGCCGAGGCUUAGAAGAAGCCAAGGAGUUCCUCCUCUCACAACAGCUUCCAGAAAGUAUGCUGCAACUUCGGAAAUCCAUUGAAAAGGAUGGUUCUGAUGUUAAUUGCCAAGACGAUGCGUUAGGCUCUUGUGAUAAUUUAUCAGAAGAUAGAGCAGAAGAAAAUGAAGAGGAUGCUGAAAUAACUCAAAUAGAACUAGGGAAUCUUCGUGUGAGCAAGCUAGGCAGGAUAGUAUCUGAUUCAGACCAUUUUCAUAACAAAAUGCAUAUAUGGCCUGAAGGUUAUACUGCUUUCAGGAAGUUUACAUCAGUAAAAGAUCCACAUUUAGUAACAUCUUACAAAAUGGAAGUACUGAGGAAUUCCGAUAUAAAAGCACGGCCGUUGUUUAGGGUGACCUCUGAAGAUGGAUUGCAGAGUGAUGGUGCUACGCCUAAUGCAUGCUGGAAGGAGAUAUACUGCAGGAUAAAAGAAAAACAGUGCGAUGCUGCCUCUGAAUUGGAAGGAAAUGUUUGCCAGAGAUCUGGCUCUGACAUGUUUGGUUUUUCAAAUCCACAAAUUAAGCAGCUUAUUCAGGAGUUGCCCAAUGCAAGGUCAUGUUUGAAAUAUUUUGAAAAUGGUGGGGAUACCCUCCGUGGUUACAGAGCUGUUCAUGUUAAUUGGAAAGACCUAGACUAUUGCAAUGUUUGUGACAUGGAUGAGGAGUAUGAAGACAAUUUGUUCUUGCAAUGCGACAAGUGCCGUAUGAUGGUUCAUGCUCGGUGCUAUGGUGAACUUGAACCAUUGGAUGGAGUACUUUGGCUAUGCAACCUGUGCCGACCUGGGGCACCUCGCGUGUCCCCACGAUGCUGUCUAUGUCCAGUCACAGGGGGUGCAAUGAAACCUACGACAGAUGGCCGUUGGGCUCAUCUAGCAUGUGCUAUAUGGAUUCCUGAAACUUGCUUAAAAGACGUAAAGAGAAUGGAGCCCAUUGAUGGAUUAAGCAAAAUCAACAAGGACCGCUGGAAACUUCUAUGCAGCAUUUGCAAUGUUGCUUAUGGAGUUUGCAUACAGUGUUCCCAUCCUACUUGCCGAGUUGCAUAUCACCCGCUCUGUGCACGUGCUGCUGAUCUUUGUGUCGAGCUUGAAGAUGAUGACAAUGCCAAUAUCCACCUCAUGUUACUUGCUGAAGACGAGGACCCGUGUAUUCGUCUACUCUCGUAUUGCAAGAAGCAUAGACAACCAUCUACUGAACGUCCACCUCUUGAAAGUGACCUUGGCAACCCUGCUCAGGUAGUUCAGGCAGAUGCGGCUUCAUCAUCUGGUUGUGCAAGGACAGAGCCCUAUAAUUUUCACCGGAUAAGGGGACAACAGCAACCUCAAGUUACAGCUACUGCUUCUGUAAAACGCUUAUAUGUGGAGAAUAUGCCUUAUAUUGUUAGUGGCUACUGCCAAAAUAAAAUAGGCUGUGAUACUAGCUGUGAACCAAUUCAAGCAGUUGGCUCUUUGGAUGCUGCAUCGCAAGAAGCUGUUGUCAACGUUUCUUCUAUGGUUGGAAAAUAUAAAAGCAUGAAGGCCACAUUCAGGAGGAGACUGGCUUUUGGAAAAUCAAGAAUUCAUGGAUUUGGUGUUUUUGCAAAGGUUGCACACAAGGCAGGAGAUAUGAUGAUUGAAUACAUAGGAGAGCUUGUCAGGCCACCAAUAUCAGACAUCAGAGAGCGGCGUAUAUACAAUUCUUUAGUGGGUGCUGGAACAUAUAUGUUCAGAAUAGAUGAUGAGCGUGUUAUUGACGCUACACGAGCAGGAAGCAUAGCCCAUUUGAUCAACCACUCUUGCGAGCCUAAUUGUUAUUCUCGGGUCAUAAGUGUUCUUGGGGAUGAGCAUAUCAUCAUUUUUGCGAAGCGGGAUAUAGACCAAUGGGAAGAGCUGACUUAUGAUUAUAGGUUUCUUUCGAAUGAACAACAGCUUCCUUGUUAUUGUGGAUUUCCAAAAUGCCGUGGAGUUGUUAAUGAUGUAGAAGCAGAGGUGCAAUUAGCCAAAAUAAGGGUUACCAGAAGCGAAUUAUUUCCGCAAAAGGACUAAUGGUGAGUAUUUGGAAAUGUCCCAGGCUUGGAUUUACCGAACUGAGGACUGCUGCUGCCGGUUCUUGCUGAGAUAAUUCUCAGAUUGACCGUCUACUUUUUUAGGAAUGCUAACGAUUCAUUUCUCACAUUGUUUUAGAUGGAAUGCCAGUGUAAUUGUAUAGAAAUUCAGAAAUAGGUCCGGCAAUCCAAUAUGCAUGAUUGGGAACCAUAAUCGACAUUGGUUAUGGAGAGCAUCAAAAUAUUCAGAGUUUACAUGUAAUUCGGCAAUUCAAUGUUUCGAGUGUGCACUGAUUUGCCCAGUAAUUGAAAAGACUUUGUUACAGAGUCCA